GUAGGUCUGCUUUUGAUCUAACCACCACACUGGCAUCACUCUAAAGAAUCUCUCUAUCUCUGACUUUUUCUCUCUCAAUAGAAAAUUAAAAAGAAUUCAGGAAUAAAAAGAAAAAGAAAAAAGAGUUAAAUACAAUAAGAUGAUCAGAUCCUCCUCCUUUUCUGAGAUCUAGACUCUGGAGGUGAGGAGAGUAAUCAGAAGAAGAAGAAGAAGAAGGGAGAGGGAGGAGAUGCACGACUUCUGCUUCACGAUCCCGUUCGGGGCGGCGGUGCUGGCGGGCGGCGUCGUCGGCUACGCGCGGCGGGGCAGCACGGCGUCGCUGGCGGGCGGCGUGGGGUCCGGCCUCGUCCUCCUCCUCGCCGGCUUCCUCAGCCUCUCCGCCUUCCGCCACCGCCGCAACUCCCUCCUCGCCCUCAUCCUCGAAACCGUUUGUGCACUGGCAUUAACAUACAUCAUGGGGCAAAGAUACCUUGAAACUUCAAAAAUAAUGCCUGCUGGAGUUGUUGCUGCUCUCAGUGCACUUAUGUCUGGCUUCUAUCUCUACAAGAUUGCGACUGGUGGGAAUCACUUCCCAGCCAAAGCAGAGUGAAGUUGAGUUCUCUUACUGUGCAAGCAUAGCGAAGGCAACAACUAUGUUUAGAAACGAGGGAAUAUUAACCAGGUUCUUUGUAUUGUGACUUUUUUGUUGCAUCGAAUGCAUGUCAUACCUGCUGGCUUCCAUUAGUGACAAUGAAGGGAAAGUACAUUAUUUACAGAUUAUCCCAAGUAGGAAAUACGAAAUAUCAUGCAAACUGUUUUCUAUUACUCGGAUAGGACUUCCUUCUCAAGAAAGUAGUAUUUGUUAUUGGCACUUUUCAUGCAAAAUGUUGAUGAGGAAGGCUGUAAUGGAUGUCUCCUGAUUGUUCUGUUGCUGUAUUGCUUAUGAUGAAUAAGUUUUGGGUAACAGUUGAGGGGAUUUGGAACCAUA